AUUAUCCAUGGUCAGCACUGCUGCUCCCCCAUUGCGUCUUGAAACUCAGGCGCUACUAUGUCCAUUCUCUAUUCUUCGUUUUUGUAUCCCAACAACGCUAAAUUCCAUUUCCCCAAGUACAAAUCCUACCUUUCGCCUCCAAAACCUCUGUUCAUAACAUGCGCAAGGAGGACCAAAAGAGUCGGAAAAUUGAGGUAUCCCUCGGAGAAAAAGAAGCUAAAGCUUCAGCAUAAGACUGAGCUUGACCUGGAAAAAAAGUUUGAAGGGAUUUGGAGGCUUUCCAAUCUUGGCGUCUCCGCUCUUUCAGACCCGGGCAAAGAUUUUAUCUACAUUUCCGAUGCUUUGCUUCAAGAAAUAGCCAAAGUUCUUGAAUUCCCUGUUGCUUCCAUGUUGCCUCCGGAAGCAUUCACUGUUGUUAGAAAAUCUUUUGAUGCCCGGAAGUUACAGAAGGAACCAAAAUUCAUAUACACUGUAGACAUGGACGUCAGCAAACUUCUACGUAUAGAACCUCGUACAUGGGACUUCAUCUCUGAGUUGGAGCCCAGAGCUGGGCUUUUGGAGCAUAUUCUUGACAGCAGAGUUUCUGAAGAUAUAAUGGGGAUAGUACACUCUUGCAGGUUGCCCAAUAUUAGAAAACCAAAAAUUGGUGUCGUCGGAAGUGGACCGGCUGGCUUGUUUGCUUCCCUGGUGCUUGCUGAGUUUGGUGCGGAUGUCACUUUACUCGAAAGAGGGGAAGCGGUUGAGCAGAGGGGACGUGAUAUUGGUGCUCUAGUAGUUCGAAGGAUGUUAGAAGAAGAAAGCAAUUUUUGCUUUGGGGAGGGUGGUGCAGGUACUUGGAGUGACGGGAAACUAGUUACUAGAAUUGGUAGAAACAGUAGUUCUGUUUUAGCAGUUUUGAAGACAUUAGUUCGAUUUGGUGCUCCAAAGAAAAUAUUGGUUGAUGGAAAGCCUCAUCUUGGAACUGAUAAAUUGGUUCCGCUACUUCAAAACUUUCGUCGUCACCUUCAAGAACUGGGUGUUACAAUCAAGUUUGGAACAAGGGUUGAUGAUCUACUUGUAGAGAAUGGAUUCGUGGUGGGAGUGAAGGUCUCUAAUUUGAUAGACAAACAAAAGUUGGUUUAUGAUGCAGUGGUUUUAGCAGUUGGCCAUUCUGCUCGUGAUACAUAUGAAAUGCUUCUUUCCCACAAUGUGAACCUUAGUCAAAAAGAUUUUUCCAUUGGAUUACGUGUGGAGCACCCCCAAGAGUUAAUAAAUGCUAUACAGUAUUCUGAAUUAGCUGAAGAGGUUAAUAAUGGACGUGGGAGAGUUCCAGUUGCUGAUUACAAGGUCACGGAUUAUUUGAAUACGAACAGAUUGCAAUCUCCUUCACCAAUCGGGCGUAAUUGUUACUCAUUUUGUAUGUGUCCUGGUGGCCAGGGGUAAGAUUGCGUACAUCUGACCCCCCUUACCCCACCGUUGGUGGGAGCCUUUGCGACACUGAGGUUGUUCUAACCAGUACAAAGCCUUCAGAACUAUGUAUCAACGGGAUGUCAUUUUCUAGAAGAUCAUCUAAGUGGGCAAAUGCUGCACUCGUCGUCACUGUUUCGCCAAAUGAUUUUUCAGCUUUAGGUUUAUAUGGUCCCCUUGCUGGAGUUCAGUUUCAGAGAACAUUUGAACAGAAGGCUGCUCUCAUGGGCGGGGGGGAUUUUGUCGUACCUGUUCAAAGAGUGACUGAUUUUCUUGGCAACAAAUCAUCAGUAGCAUCACUACCAUCAUCAAGUUAUCGUUUGGGAGUAAAAGCAGCAAAUCUCCAUGAAUUAUUCCCAAGCCAUAUCACUGAAGCUUUGCAAAAGUCAAUUUUGAUGUUUGACAAAGAGUUACCAGGAUUUAUUUCCAGCAGUGCCCUUCUUCAUGGGGUUGAGACCAGAACUAGCUCUCCUAUUCAAAUCUCCCGGACAACAAAUACUUUUGAAUGUAUGUCUUUGAGAGGGCUGUAUCCUGUGGGAGAGGGAGCGGGCUAUGCAGGCGGGAUAGUGAGUGCUGCUGUUGAUGGUAUGCAAGCUGGUUUCUCUUUGGCAAAGAGUUUAGGUCUCUAUGAGGGCAACCUAGACACCAUUUUUGGAAAGGGACAAAGUGUUGGAGUUGCAAAGUACUGAAAACCAUGGAGGAUCUCUAAAUUGAAGUCAAGACUAGUUCAAGACUUUUGUAUGAGGAAGUGUCAGGUAUUUAUCAACUUGCCUCGACCAUUGGUUGUAACCUUUGUCGCUAUAAUGGAAAUUAUUUUGUGCAAAGUUCAUCAGUGAGUGUUCGGGGCUCACUUUAUUUUGUUGUUUGGUUCUCACCAAUGUAAUGUGAGAUCUCAUGAGAUGGCUUUGUAGUUCAUUUUGUUCACAUUCAUUGAUAGCACAUACCACCAAAAUUCUUAGGUUACGUAAAAGACACCAUGGAAUGUGAUGCCAGGGUAUUGUAUCUUUUGUACACACUUGAUUGCAGGAAAGUAACUUGAAAUAUAACUUGCUGCGGAAAAUGCUUGACCAAAGAAAUGUGUUAUUGGAGAAUAACUUGAGUGUGUAAUACUCCGUAUAAUAUUUGGCCU